UGCACAAAGGGUCUUUGUUGCUCCUCGAUCCAAUCACACACCGCGGGUAGAUCGCCAUGAGUGUCUCAGCCAAUCAGAAGGCGCGGGGAGACUGUGGAGAAAGGCGUUUCAUUUGGAUGCUGCGAGCGUGCGCGCGCGCUGACCGACUAUGUGUGAAGAAUUCAUCCCCGGCGAAAAAUGGUCGCGUAGCCUGGUACCACGCGUACAAGCAAACACCAAUCUGGACUGAGUGGCCAUCACGUAAAGCUGCAUUUCCCAAGCCGAACGCCGAAAUAUCUCAACGCGCCGGACACCGAGGCACGAUGUAAUAAUACUACCACUAAUAAAAAAUCGACAGUUCAGGGAUGGGUCGCAGAGCCACGCCUGCCCGAGAUCUGCGCAUAAACAGGUAUGUUACCUGUGGACCUCGGGGACUUAAGGUUUAUCAACACAUGCUGUCCUUGUGUAAGGGUUUGGCGUGCAGCGGAUCCAGCCGCGCGAUGGCAUGAUCACCUGGAGGAUCCACAAAGGCGACGGACGGCAUGUCGAUCACCCGAAAUGCUCGAUUCACGCGGAUGACAACACGGCCGUAUCUGCCACAUUCAUACUAUCAAACCAAACUGGCUUCUCCCCUGCACUGGAUUUAGUCUGCUUUUGGGAUCUUUUCUGCAGCCGGUUUAAGCGCUUGAGUGUCGGCGUACUGGAUCUCAGACAAAGAGCGUGCACAGAGUGGAUGUGAGAACACGGAGAAACCGUUAUGGCCUCUCUUCGCUUGCACGGAUUGGAUCAGCUGCCCGAAAACGGCAGUGUAUCGCGAACACCGGAGUCUCACAGCCCGAAGCUGCUCUCUCAGGUGGACACCGCCGUGCUGCCGUUCCUCGGGGGCUUCGGUCGCUUUCAGAAGCGUCUUGUGGCUCUGACAUGGCUCCCUGCGUUGCUCAUCGCUUUCGGUCAGUUUUCGGAUUAUUUUCUUCUCGCGCAGCCCGACAGCACGUGCGUCCAACCGAGCGAUCAUGCAAGAAACGGGAGCGGCGUGAGCGCGAGCGCGAGCCCGAGCCCCUUGCCGCCGGGUCUGUUCGGUAAUGCGACGCGCGCUGAGAGCAGCAGCAGCAGCGCGCGGUGCAAAUGCGCCGAACCGAGGUUUGAGCUCCAGCUAGGACUGCAGCAGAAUGUGGUCACUAAGUGGCAGCUGGUGUGUGACGAGGAGUGGAAGGUCCACAUCGCCAAGUUCUCGCUGCUGGUGGGCUCCAUAUUUGGUUAUCUGCUUAUGGGGGCUAUGGCGGACUGGAUAGGUCGUAUUCCGGUGCUGCUUGUCUCGGUGUUGUCUGUGCUCGUGUUUGGCUUGUGUGUGGCCUUCUCUGUGGACAUGGCCAUGUUUAGUACUCUGCGCUUCUUUCAGGGCUUUUGCCUCGCUGCCAUCAGACUCUCCCUCUAUGUGCUGAGGAUUGAGCUGUGUUUGCCUGCUUGGCGCUUCUCCAUGACGAUGGUUGCCAGCCUGGUGGUGGUGGGAGGGCAGCUGCUGAUGCCAGGGUUGGCAGCGCUGUGCCGCGAUUGGCAGGUUCUUCAGGUCCUCAUCAUUGUUCCCUUCGUCCUAAUGCUUCCUUACAUUUGGGUUUUUCCUGAGUCUCUGCGCUGGUUGUUGGCCACACAGCACUAUCACAGAGCCAAGAGGCAAAUGUACUCAAUCGCCCGAAGUAACAAGGUGGACACUGCGACUGACCCUAACGGAAUCCUCACAGAGCUGGAGCGUGAGCUGGAGCAGAAACCCAGAACUUCCUGUAUCACACAGCUGAGGAGCACACGAAACCUGUGGAAGAGCACUGUAGUGCUGUGUGUCAACUCGCUGACAGGUUAUGGUAUCCAUCACUGUUUUGCACGCAGUGUUCUGGAGGGCAGCACCUCUCACCUGCACUAUUUCGCUCUGGCGGGCAUCGCUAUGGCCUCGUGUUUGGUGCUGUGUCCGGUGGUGGCGGCGUUCGGCAGACGAGGCGGCCUCCUCACCUUCAUGAUCAUCACAGCGCUCGCCUCGUUACUGCAGCUCGGCCUCCUCAGCCUAAUCGGAAAAUACAGUCUCCGGCACAAUAUAGGUAAGAUUAAUCAAUCUUCUAACACACACCCACACAUUCUCACACACACAUAUACAGGCUCUCUCAAUGGAUCCAUGCCCAGAUAUUUAAAGUUGUUGUGUAUAAUAUCAGUUCUCAGGGACACGUUAAAUCAGCGGUUCUCUGUGGCGUUCUCCAUCAUUGGAAUGUUCUCGUCUCACGCCGUCAGCACUCUGAGUAUCUUCUACUGCACAGAGAUCACACCAACUGUCAUCAGGGGCGGAGGUGUAGGCUUGGUCCUGGCUAGCGCAGGGUUCGGCAUACUAACUGCUCCACUUAUGGAACUUCACAACCAGAAAGGCUUCUUCCUCCACCACGUCAUCCUCACAUGCUGCACUCUCCUCUGCAUCAUUUGCAUUCCACUGCUGCCCGAGACCACCGGCCAACCGCUGCCCGAAUCUCUGGCAGAAGGGGAGGGGCUUUUGCGCAGGCCCCUCCUCCCUGGAGAGCAGCACCACCUCCUUGCCAGACAAGAGGUCAGGGAGUACUCUCGCGUCCAGGACACGCCUCUUCAUCAGGUCGUCAAUCCCAGCAACACCACAGCACCCAGUAACAGCACAGUGAACGGAGUGAGGACUUGACCGCGUACAUGCUCGCGUGAAUCCAAGCCAGCACAGGCCAUAUGAAGAACAGCUGCAGUGAUCUGAUUGGCCCGCAUCAUGAGGUUACAAGCGCUGAGAAUUUCUUACAGCGAUUUUAACCGGUGAAUGAUGUCAAACUACUGAAUUCUCAUAAUAUAUCAAACCUCUUAAUCCAGGAGGGAUGGAUGUGGUGUUGUGAAAAAUGAAUAUCGACGUAAUUUCAUUCUAUUUUUCAAAACAAACCACUAAGUUCAGGCUGAUGUCGGCAAAAAACCGUCUCGCAGUUUUUAGCUUUUCUAUAGUUUUGUACUACACCCAGGAAAAAAAAAAGAGAAAACAAUCAUGUUAAGCUUAAUUUCUUAUGCAUGUGAGUAGACUCAUGCAUGUGUGUGUGUGUGUGUGUGUGUGUGUGUGUGUAAAGAACAACAGACCUGAUUAUGGAUAAUGACGUUUUGGAAAAGACAAAAAAAUAAAUAAAGCAGGCUGAAUCCGUAGCUUUAGUCGUCUGAAAACAUCUUGGCGUUAAGAUCGUGUUUUAUUUCACAGAGAUCGAUUAAACCUAGAACGAUCUGGCGCAGGUCUGUAGAACGUGUGUGUGUGUGUGAAUAAGUUUUUACACUCGUCGUUUCCGUACGGAAAUGAAAAACAGGGCAGAGCACAGACACUGUAAGGGCCGCUGACUCGGCUGCUCAGUAUUUCCUGUUCUAAAUGUUUUUGGGCAGUAUAUUAUCUGUGGCUUAAUAAAUUUUCUUUUUUUCCCGAACUACUGAAUAUGAGAAUGUAAAAUGUUUUUAAUCGUUCUUGAGAUUAGUUUGUUGAUGGCACAAAAUAUGCAAAAAAAAAAAAAAACCCCAAACAAACACAAAAAACUGUUUUGUGCUCAAUGUUUUUUGUUUUUUUUUCCCUGUCCAAAAUGGAUCUACUGUAUAACUGGCCUUAGAUUGUGACUGAUAAUCGGAGAUCUAAAUUUGAUUGAUAUCUAAGAUUAAAAAAAUUUUUU